GACUUCUGGUCUCGGUGCGCGCGCAUCUUUUGCAUUCAAGGCGUGACCGCCAUCCGAUUGGUCCAACUCUAUCGUUCCGGACGGCGGUGGCCGCCGCCGCCGAUAUCCAACGCCGAGCACUAAAAUCGUGUCGAUCCCGUCCUUCAGUCUGCUGACAUAUCCCGUCCUGGUAACAAGUGCGCAUCCGACUGCCGACACGCAGUGAACACUCGUUUGUGUUUCGGUGUAGAGUUGUGUGUUCAUCGAUUUUACCGGUACUAGUACUUUUCGUUUUGCUCAAAAUAAUUUUGUUGUUCAACUCUACGGAGUUAACAUUAUUUUAUUUCAUUUGUAAACGAUUUUAACGCGUUCACGAUGGUGACGAAAUCAUUGAACGGUCCGAGUUUCACCAUCAACCACAUUUUGGGUCGUCUGGACGUCGACGACGAACGGGACGACAUCAAGAGCCCUGGCCCGUCCACAUCGCGGUCGUACACCACCGGAAGCGAGGCCGGCAGCGACUGUAGCGGCGACGAUUGUCUGUGCGCGCCCGUCGACUACAGCACCAGGCCUGGAAGCCCCGACAAGAAAACCGACGACGAGGACGACGGCACAUUAGCCGGUGUCGACGGCGAUGACCGCGCUACGCCAAGCAAUACUGACGACGGUAAGGACGAUAAAAAAGGCAAGGAUCAACAAGACGACAAAAACAAAAAGCCAAAUUAUAGUUACAACGCUUUAAUCAUGAUGGCCAUAUCGGAAAGUCCUCAAAAGCGAUUGACACUCAGUGGAAUUUACGAGUACAUUAUGAAUAAAUUUCCUUUUUAUCGUAUGAACACUCCGGCUUGGCAAAACAGCAUCCGUCACAAUUUAUCUCUGAACAAAUGUUUCGUAAAGAUUCCAAGGAGUUUUGACGAUCCAGGCAAAGGCAACUACUGGAUGAUCGACCCGAAUAGUAGCGACGUGUACAUCGGAGGCACCACCGGUAAACUGCGCCGGCGGUCCACGCAGUCUUCCCGUCACAGAAUCGCCUACAGACCACCAAUGCAGCCUUUGCCUCCACAUCAUCCUCACGCCGCCUUCUACCAUCACCAACACCAUCGCGGCGCCGGAGUUCCACCGCCUCCGGCUUCUGGAGUUCCUCAUCAUCCGGCCUGGUCGGCCGAUUACGCCGCUGCAGCAGCCGCGGCCGCCGGUUUCGACUAUUUGCACCAAUAUUUCUGGCCACCGGCAGCCGCCGCCGCCGCUUACCAACAACAACAACAACAACACCACCAUCUCCAACAGCAACAACAGUUGUCGCCUUCUCCAGCAGCCACCGCGGUGGCCACCUCGACCGGAUACUCGAUCAGCCAACUUUUGCGACCUACCCUUCAAGUACCGCCAAAAAGGCCUACGGCUGUCAUGCACCCGGCAGCCGCCGCAGCAGCGGCCCUCCUCCAAGUGUCCAUGACCCGACACCAGUGACGUAUGUAAGAGAAAAAUCAACUUGGUUAUUAUUUUGUUUUUCUUUUAUACAUAAAGUUACCGAAUGUAAAUAUUUAUCUUAGCUGAGAAAAUAAUUUUUCUCCCUUCGGGUCACAGGCCUUGACUUUUUUAUUAUUUUGUUGGUUGAUCUCUGAUGUAUGUUAUAAGAAACGUUGUUUUUUUUUUUUUUACAUAAACGCAAAAAUAAAUAAUACAUUAUUUUUUGUUUCCAUUAAUUUGUUUAGUAAAAUUUGAAACGAGGCACUCUAUUCUAGUCACAAGCGUCAUUCUUGUCCAAUGAGCCAUUGCUAUGUUUAUUUUUGUACGCGUUGCUAUUUAACUAUUAAUUAUGUUUCCUAUUUUUUUUUUAUUAUUAUUAUUAUUAUUAUAUGUAUAGUAAUUGUAACAGCGCUCGUUUUAAUCACAUGUGCCUUAACAAAUUUUAAUUGCAUAUUAAUAUAGUAAAAUGAAAUGAUCAAAUUCUAGAAUAUUGCGAUAAAAUGUUGUUUUUUCUAGUAAUCAAAAAAACAAGUAGAAUAAUGUGUAAAAUUAAAUAUCAUACAUGACUAAGAUAAUGUAUA